ACUUCUUCCUACCCCUCUGGACGGUCAAAGUGUAAACGCAGUUAACAAUAGGCUACAGAUGCAGUCAAACUGAAGCCGAACUCUUACAACAUUUUGUUUUAUUUCUAGACGCGAUGGGAUCACUAUUGAAAAGCAGCAUUUUUAUUCUCCUGGCGUUCUUUCAAGCUCUUGUUUCGGUGGGAGCAGAAGGAAAUGGACGACUCCUGCACAGGCAGAAGAGAAACUGGAUCGCACCACCCCGAAAGCUAAUUGAGAACCAUGAUUACACCGGCCUUAAUUGCUUUGCUAGAAUUCGCUCUGAUAAGGAGGAGUAUGCAACGAUGCUCUACUAUAUAACAGGGCCUGGUGCUGACCAGGACCCUGUUGGUAGAUUUCGUAUUGACCAUAGCACUGGCUGUUUGAGAGUCUAUUCCAUUCUGGAUCGAGAGGAGAUUGCCUUCUAUCGUUUAAGAGGUGUGGCAAGAUACACCAAUGGGACCCAGGCUGAAAAAUACAUUGACCUUAAUAUCACCGUCGAGGAUGAGAAUGACAACGCGCCAGUCAUUAAAUUACAGCAAGUUGGAUAUGUCAAUGAAUCUAGUCGAUCAGGUGUUGUUAUCAUGAAAAUAAUAGCUACUGAUGCCGAUGAUGAGAGAACAGAGAACGCCCAGCUCUCGUACAGCAUUGUUGAGCAGGCUAACACAGCUGGGUUGUUCUGGAUGAACUCUCGAACUGGAGAGCUCAUGGUUCAAAGUACCUCACUGGAUCGGGAGAAACAAGAUACAUAUAAGUUAAUUAUUAAAGUCUGUGAUUUAAAUGGACGCCCAGGAGGACGAACGUCAACUGGAGAAGUCGAGAUCCGACUUGUUGACAUAAAUGACAACAUUCCAACGCUGGAAAGAGAAACAUAUGAAGGGCGAAUUGAAGAGAACACUGUCGGUGUGGAAGUUAUGAGGAUAAAAGCCAUUGAUAUGGACCUAAUUCACACAGACAACUGGCUGGCUGCUUUCCAAAUCGUUUCAGGGAAUGAGGGAGGUUAUUUCGAUAUCACUACGGAUCCAGAAACCAAUGAGGGAAUUAUCAUGGUUCGGAAGGCUCUCGACUAUGAGGAACUGAAGGUGAUGAACUUGCGUGUCAUGGUUUCCAACAAAGCAGCGUAUAAUUUUGGCAGCAGUCAGAUUGCGACAGGGGCAACAGGUAUCAAAACCUACCCAGUCACAAUUAAUGUGGUCAAUCAGAAGGAGGGACCUCGUUUCCAACCAAGCGUAAAAGUGGUGACUGUCUCAGAGGAGAUCACAUCCACCUCCCUCAGCAAAGUCAUAACUAAUUACGCUGCUAUUGACACUGACACACAAAAGAUUGCCACCAACGUGAGGUAUGCCAAACUCCGUGACAUUGACAGCUGGUUGAUUAUCGAUGAAAAGACAGCAGAUAUCAGGCUGAGUAAACUCCCUGACCGAGAGUCCGUGCACUUGAUCAAUGGAACAUAUUACGCAGAAAUUAUAUGCAUCAGCAAUGAUCUGCCCUCGAAAACUGCCACGGGGACCAUAGCUAUUCAGGUGGAGGACUUCAAUGAUCACUGCCCAAGACUGACCUCUAAAACUCAGACCAUGUGCCUUCAGGAUAGUGUGAUCUAUGUCACUGCUGUAGAUGAAGAUCACUUCCCCAAUUCAUCACCAUUUGAAUUUACCGUGGUUGAAGAGGGCACCACAGGGAAGUGGAGAGUGGAGCAUUUUAAUGAAACUACAGUCAUUCUGCGAGAAGAAAACUAUUUGUGGCCUGGCAUCCACAAAGUGACACUGAAGAUCACAGACCAGCAGGGAAAGUCAUGUGCUGAUGCUCAGAUAAUAGAUUUGACUGUAUGUACCUGCAAUAAAAACACCAAAUCCUGUGUGUCACGCUCUACGUCGACUGCAACUUUUGGAGCUGCGGGUAUUCUGCUGAUGUUGCUGGGACUGCUGCUGCUGUUUUUGGUGCCUCUCCUGUUGCUCUUCUGCCUGUGUGGGAGUACAGCGGCUAUCGGCGAUUUCAAGUCUAUUCCAUACGACACAAAGCAACAGCUGAUCUCAUAUCACACCGAGGGACAGGGAGAAGACAAGGAGGUUCCUCUUAUGCAUGUCCCAGUGGAGGUUGAUGGUGGUGCAGUGACUAAGGAUGUCAACAUGUUUGAGGGACAGGGAUACCUUGGAGGGCUGGCUGAGUUAGGAGGAGCAGCAGGUGGAAGAGGGCCCUAUAAAGGCGGUGCUAUAUACACAUCCAAUAUGACAGCUGACAACGUGAACCUGUACAACAAGUACAAAUACUCCAGUGGACAGAAUAUGGACUUCCUGAAUACAGGAACGAUGUCCAGACAAGAUAUGAAUUUCUCUCAAUACAGAGGUGGGGCAUGGGAUGGCAUGGCUCUAUCUGAGGAAUUUCUAUGGGACUACUAUGUAACAAAAUCCGAUCAUGCUGCACAGCAACCUCAAGUGAAGGACAGUAUGCUGAUCUACAACUAUGAGGGUCAAGAGUCGCUGGCAGGUUCUGUAGGCUGCUGCAGCCUUCUUGAAAAUGAUGAUGAUCUUGCAUUCCUUAAUGACCUCGGGCCUAAAUUCAAAACCCUAGCUGAGAUUUGCCAGGGAUCAACCAUGGUCACUGAAUCUGUAGAUGUGGCAGUUUCUUCCACUCCAGUCAGACCCGUCUCUCCUUUGAGGCCUUCCACCUCAACACACACCCAUGUCCGUAGUCACACAGAAACCAUCAGGGACAGGGAUCGCGUCAAUAUUAACACCCUAAAUACCUCCAAUGUAUCAUCCGGAUCUUCUACCGUUAUCCAAGAGGAACGUAUCACUGGGAGAGCACAGAGUUCAGCAACUCUUCCCAAUGUACACGUCCAGGACAACAUAGUGAUUCCCAGUCAGACACUGCUCAUACAGCAACCUGCUAUGUACUAUGCUGCUACGCCCAUGUAUGUAGUCGAGUCCAAGCCCCAAGUAAUGCUUGUGGCAGGAGGCACGCAGCAGGCAGUGGGUUCAGUAGGCCAAGCUGGGCUAAGUCAUGGGCUGGUGCAAGUCAGUGGCCUCCAAAGUUCCCAGGGUGUGGUACUUGUUGAUAGACAGGGGGGAAUAGGUGAAGCAACAGGGCAGGCAGCACAAGGACUUUCACAAGGAACCAUGUCCAGGUCUAGACAACUAUUAGUGGUGGAGAAUGGAUCCUCAGGAGGAGAGCAAGGUGUGCAUUUAGCGCAGGGCUUUGUGCAGACUGGACAAAGGUCUGCAGAGCAGGGCUUUGAAGUCCGAAGCGUGCCAGUGAAAGCUCAGGGUUUUUCAGUGGGUUCGCACAGUUCUCUAGGGUCAAACGAGGAAGCUAAGCUGACAGUCACACCCAAGUCACAUGGGACCAAGAGAGUGGUUGUGCAGCAGAAAAAGGUCUUGGUGACAGAGAGAAAUUUGGAGUCUAGUUCAAGAGCUUAGAGCAACCGUUUUCUGUAGCCUCGCUACAAAUAUUACUCUUGUUUUGACAUGUAAUGAUAUACUGACUGGACUGGAAUGUACUACAGUACACCAACAUGCUGUAUUUCUAUUAAUGCAGAUUAUUAAUUGUGGUAUAAACUGGAGUUUGGUCUGCUUGACCCAAAGUCUUAUACUGUAGGUUCUCAUCCACCGACCUGAGAAGUUAGUGUGUAAUACAGACUGUAAGGUGCAAUUAGCCAUCAGAGGCUGGAUUUUCAAACUGACACUAGUUAAAAAAAAUCUCCCUUUUUUCUAUACCAAGCUUGUAUUUGUCUUGAAUGAUAUGUCAAAAUUCAGUUCUGUCAACAGCAGGGGAAUACAAUACAGUGUUGACUAUAGAGAGGAAAGAAAGCGUAAAAUUUUACACGGUCUUACGUGACUUCUGUUAUUAGAACCCAGCCGAAGGAAAAAACAAAACAUUGAGUUCACUUAACAGACCUAUAUGUGCUACAUUGUUUUUAGGUACAAAACUAAUAUGGCUUCGGGGCAGUAAAACAACUAGUCCUAAACCAGUUUUACUUAAACUUUGUGUCCUUUAAAAAGAGAAAGUAAAGUAAAAACAUGUCUACACCCUUACAUUGGGCAGCAAUAGCUGUCAGAUCAUUGCAUCUCCUGUCUAUCAUAGCUUCCAGCCUGCCAAGCUGCUGUACGAGCGGGAACUGCUGCACUGUUUUUGAGUGAUCCCCAAAGGCUACGGUACUGAAUAAAUCAACAGCCAGAAAUCACAUGCAUGAACUUGAUAUUCAAUUAAAGCGCAACAGAUAGGUCUAAACAGAUACAUCCACACUCCAGGAAAAACACAACGUGAGCGCUAUACAUCUUAGUAAGACUUUUUGCAAUGAAAAUUCCCACACAGGAUUAUUUUCUGCUUAGCGAUGCAUAUAGUCUUCAAAAGAACACAGUUUUUGGCAGAGGUAGAGGCUGUAGAUUUUUCAUUUAUCUUUAAAGGCUGUCAAUAUUAGAUUUAUUGCACAGACUGAUGUAUUAUUUUAGAGUGUUGUGAUUUUUAAGGUGCUUAAUUUGUACAUUGGUAUAUUUGUUUAGCCGUGACUAAAGUUGUCGUCAUGCUAACUGUUAGAUCGUUCACCUACUUCAUAAUGUGUUCAGAAGCUGUACAGAAACUAGAUAAAUACUGAGUGUGCUCAAAUAACACAACUUCUAUUUGAACUGUUGCACUAUUUUUAUACUUUUCCUGAAAGUAUGCAUUUUAUAUAUAUAUAUAUAAGUAUUAAUUCCAUGAGAUUUAAGUGCCAAAGCUGAAGAAAUGUAUUCUGUGCGAUCAUUGCCAGAUUGAUUUUGUGUGUGUGUGUGUGUGGCUGUGUGUGUGUGUAAUGGGAUGGGAUGAGCUUGCCAGUUUAAUGCUGCUGUUCUUGCUACUGACCUGUAUUUUUAAGCCUGCUUUAUAAAAUGCUGUAAGAAUAUAGCAGUGCAGGGUUAAGCCACGGGGAUAAUUAAGAUGUUUGUAUUUUAAGGGGUUUUUCAACUUGUAUCACAAUAAACUCAAACAGAAAAGAA